AGACUCUAUCGCUUCUAUACCGUUGAAAUAAAUCAUACAAAAAUGGGAAAAGUAUUUGGUCUUGGUUUUGUCUAUAAUCUUUACAAGCAUACUAUUCUGAGUAUCAUUUGGUCUCAUCUCAUCUAUUAGAAGCUUUGUGGUAAGCUUUCAAAGUACUAACUUCUAAAUUCUCCGUAUACAUAGGCACUAAUCUAACGUACGGAGACUUUUGCUCAAUCAAUGAGUAUAUAUGACCUAAUGUCACCUUACACAGCCACUUAUUCCUAAUUACACACUUCAGCUUCUACACAGAAUUUCCACUGUGAAUUUGAUCACUCUCCGAGCAUGACAGCUACUAUAAAAACGCCAUUCGGGCAUUCGCUCCCUCCCGAGGGCCCACACACGGUGACAUUGCACGCUCCGAAGUGGGAGUCGGCUUUGAGAUUUCGUGAGGGAGACAUGACUUUAUUCAGGCAAUUGAAAUCUUUGUAUCCUCGCUUUUUCCCCUUCGGACCUUCUGCUAUGCUUCUGCAACAUGUCAGCACUAAGCUUCAAGUCCCCAAAGGCCACGGUCUCGUCGGUUUCGUCUCUCCAGAUAUUUGGCAAACUAACAGAGAACAUGCUGUCUCUAAGUUCCGAAGAGAAAGGGCAUUGAAAGAGGAUGAGAUGAAGUAUCAUGUCAUUGAUAUCGAUGGCAUCCGGCUCUACUUGGUUGAAUACCCUUCCGCAAAAAUGAUGAGUGCGAUAUUUAUGUGGCAGCACGGUGGGCUAGGGUUCUCUACUCGUCUAGGAGAGUACCUCUUAUCAAAGAUCGAUACCCUUGACUACAUUGGUGAAUUCCCUGACGUUACCAACCCUCCUGAGCCAACUUACCUCCCUGAGGUAGAGAGUCAUGAAUUGCUGCGCAAACGCAUAGCAGGCCUUCUGAUGCGAGGUACUGUCCACAACUAUCCAAAAUCCAUACAAUCUCAAGAUGUGUACCUCUACCAAACUGGAAUGGCGGGUAUCACUCGAUUUCACGAGGUUGCUGUUCAGGAACGACCAUACCCAGUGGCAGUUUUUGGUGCUGUCUUCCACAGCUCUUGGCAUCUCUUCGAAGAAAGCCCCGGCGGCUUGAAACACUAUGGCAAGUGUAACGAUCACGAUAUCACCGAAUUCGAGAGCUACCUAGAACAAGGCGGAAAAUGUAGCUAUGUCUUCACUGAGUUUCCAUCCAAUCCUAUUCUAGUCAGCGUAGAUUUACUCCGGCUGCGAAAGCUCGCGGACAAAUAUGGGUUCUGGAUUGCCGUCGACGAUACUGUCGGCUCUUUCUGCAAUAUUGACGUACUUCCUGUCGCAGACGUGAUAAUUACAUCCUUGAGCAAGUCCAUGUCUGGCUACGCGGACCUUUUAGCUGGCUCGGUCGUGCUCAAUCCAAACAAAAGCAGCUAUGAAAUUCUCAAACGCACAUUCACGAAGACUCACCACAAUGAGUUGUUCUCAGGCGAUGCGAACCAACUUCUCAAGAAUAGUGAGGAUUACUUACCUCGCUCUGCUAUACUCAAUCGCAAUGCAGCAACUCUGACCGCUUACUUCCAAAGUCUGGCAGAGGAUCCGAAAGUGCCCUUGACCAAGGUUUGCUACCCUCCUUACGCCGAUGGGUCUAAUAAUCUACUACCAUUCUUGCGCAAACCAACUCCCGAAUUUCCUCAAAUUGGCUACGGCUGCCUUUUCUCGAUCGAGUUUGACAGCCUGGACCAUUGCAUUGUCUUUUACAACAAUUUGGAUUUCCACCAGGGGCCUCACCUCGGAGCGCACCUUACAAUUACCAUACCUUAUAAUGCGAUGAUUUACGGGAAAGAGAACCCUGAGUAUCACGCCUCGUAUGGCCUGAACCCUACUCAAAUAAGAUUCAGUGUUGGCUUGGAAGAUGAGGAGGUGCUGCUUGAACGAUGCAAAAAUGCAAUUGCUACCCUCGAGAAGUCAAGUGCUCUCACUAAGGAGGGUGAUGACCUGGCCAAUGAAGUACUACAGCCAAUAGUUGAGAGAAGUGCAAACGAGAAAGCAGAUAUGGAUCCGGUAGGCGGCAAACUGGUUGGUGGUCAAUAAAAUCGAGCACUGCUUGUAUAGUUUGUAACUAUACUAAUUUCAGUAUAAUAUCUACUUUGGUUUAGAACGCAAGCUCAAUAUCAUGGCCAGAUAGUACAAGAAGACAUGCCGGGUCCUUGCACAGCCAAACAACUCGCUUCUAUAUUUUCCAG